AUGUGGUCUGUCCUCGCCGCUCUUCAUCCAGUGAAACAGAGUGCAGAGAGAUUGCAUCAUUAUCAACAGUUUCAAGAUGAACUAGAUUUUGCUGGCAUCGAGUUUCCUGUUACUGUUGACAAGAUUGGAAAAUUUGAGCGUCAGAACAAUAUUUCCAUUAACGUGUUUGGCUUCGAAGACGUGCUUUUCCCCUUGUAUAUCACAAAAGAACACUUUAAUACCCAUGUGAAUCUGUUGCUAUACUCCCAGGGAGAAACUAGGCAUUACUGUCUUAUAAAAGAUCUGAAUAAAUUCCUUUACAGUCAAAACCGUUACAAAGGUCGUAUGUAUUACUGUCGGUACUGUCUACAUGGAUUUAUCCGAGAAGACCUACUUCAAGACCACGAGCCCCACUGCUCACAACACGGUCCUCAGCGUAUUGAACUCCCGAGUGAAGAUAACGCCCAACUGGUCUUUAAAGAAUACCACAAGCAGUUGAAAGUGCCCUUUGUGAUCUAUGCUGAUUUCGAAAGUCUUACAGCAAAGAUUGACUCAACCCCACCAAAUCCUGAAAAAUCCUCCACUGAAAAAUACCAACACCACCAACCAUGUGGAUUUUCCUACAUUGUUGUAUCCGACCAUGAGAAGUACUCCAAACCGCCUGUUGUGUAUCGUGGAGAAGGCGCCGUCGAUAAAUUCCUAGAGUGUCUAGAAGAAGAACAAAAAUAUAUUCAAGAGAAACUUGAUUGGGUCGAACCCAUGCGCAUUGAGAGAGAAGAAGAGCAGGCAUUCCAAGAUUCAGUCAAUUGUCAUAUCUGUGGGUUUGAGCUGGGUGCUGAUCGUGUUCGUGACCAUUGUCAUCUCACCGGAAAGUACCGCGGAGCUGCACACAACGAUUGCAACUUAAACUAUAGUUUUAAUGGUCGAGUACCCGUUAUUCUUCACAAUCUACGCGGUUACGACUCUCAUCUCAUCAUGCAAGGACUUGGUAAACUUAAAGACAAGAAGAUCAACUGCAUUCCAAACAACACCGAAAAGUACAUCUCCUUCUCCAUCAAUAAUCUGGAUUUUAUCGACUCUCUGCAAUUCAUGAAUGCAUCGCUGGAGAAGUUAGUAUCCAAUCUAGCAAAGGAUGGUGUUGACAAGUUCCCCACUCUAAAGAAAUACAUCGACAGCGAUAAAACACCCAUUUUGCUGAGAAAAGGUGUCUACCCCUACGACUACAUGGAUUGUACAGAAAGAUUUGAAGAACCAACCUUACCACCGAAGGAGUCAUUUUACAACGUGUUGAAUGAUGAACACAUUUCAGACGAAGAUUACACCCACGCGAUGAAUGUAUUUAAUAAUUUUACCUGUCGGAACAUGGGUGAUUACCAUGAUUUGUACUUGAUGUCAGAUGUUCUACUUCUCGCAGACGUGUUUGAAAAUUUCCGAAGUGUGUGUCUCAAAGCUUACAACCUAGAUCCUUGUCACUUCUACACAAGUCCUGGACUAGCCUGGCAAGCUUGUUUUGAAAUGACCGAUGUUGAACUCGAGCUUCUAACUGAUCCAGACAUGUACUUAUUCAUCGAAGAAGGUCUUCGCGGUGGAAUUUCAAUGAUUAGCAACCGCUAUGGUAAAGCCAACAAUCCAUACGUUCCCGAUUAUGACCCAGAACAAGAGACCUCCUACGUGAUGUAUCUUGAUGCUAACAACCUCUAUGGCUGGGCUAUGUCACAACCUCUACCCACAGGUGAAUUUGACUGGCUAACCGACCAAGAGAUUGCAGAACUUGACAUCACGGACGUUGCGGACGAUGACGAUGAAGGCUACAUAUUGGAAGUAGACCUACACUAUCCGUCCGAAUUACACGAUCUUCACAACGAUUAUCCUCUAGCACCAGAGAAAAUGAAGAUUUCUUCAGAAAUGUUGUCACCAUACUGCCAGGAUCUGUCGGAAAACACGGAUAGCCUUUGUUACGAGAUAAAGACCGACGACGUUUAUCAAGACAUGUUGCAAGACAUCGAUCUCUUUGACACAUCCGAAUACGCACGAGACCAUCCACUGCACAGCCUGACGAACAAGAAAGUCCUUGGCAAAAUGAAAGAUGAAACGCAUGGCAUACCCAUCCAAGAGUUUGUUGGGUUGCGACCGAAGAUGUACUCCAUUCUCUAUACCGAAAACGACAAGCAAGUGGAGAAGAAAACGGCUAAAGGCAUAAAGAAGUCCGUCACAAACGAAAGCUUCGGCACAUCAACUACAAGGAAUGUUUGUUUGAUAAGAAACGGACAAUGGCCAGCAUGA